AUGGAGUUCGUGACAGCCCUCCGGGCCCCCUUCGACGACCAGAAGCCCUCGCUGUUCGAGAUUCUGUCCGAGCAGCAACUCAACAGCCUUCUCCCUCCGACCCUACGAUAUCUCCUGACCGUCGCGACCCAGCGCUACCCCCGUUAUCUCCUGCGCAUUCUCAACUCCUACGAUGAGCUCUACGCCCUUGUCAUGCUCCUCGUCGAGCGACACUACCUACGCACGCGCGGCGGCUCAUUCACAGAGAACUUCUACGGCUUGAAACGCGACAAGGCCCUCCGCGGCGAGAUUCCCCGCGCCGCAGCCACCGCACCUCACCUCGUUCGCGACACCCUCCGCCUGACCACCAAGGACGUGUGGAAGAACCUGCUGGUCCUCGUCGGCGUCCCCUAUCUCAAGAGGAAGCUAGAUGAGUCCUACGAUAUCAAUGCGCCCAGAGCCCUUCUGGGAGCCGCCUACACGCGCAUGCCGGACAACCCUACGCUCAAAGAUCGGUUCCUCUUCUACUACAGAUGGUUCCUCCGCAAUAUAUACCCCUCCGUCAAUGCCGGUUACUACUUCGCGAUGCUCGCCUUUAACCUGGCCUAUCUCUUCGACAGCACUAAAUUCCACAGCCCGCUCAUGUGGCUUAUCGGCACUCGCAUUCGGAGGAUGACCGCCGCGGACUAUGAAGCCAUUGAGGCGCUCUCGGCCCCCCCUCCUGCCAGCAAGAAGCCAAGCGCCCCGGCCUGGAGAUCGCUGUUCUCGCCCAUGGAAAUGGGGCCCAAGCUCAUGUCCAGCCUGUCGAUCAUGCUCCCAAUGAGUAUAUUCGCCCUCAAAUUUCUCGAGUGGUGGUACCAGUCCGACUUUGGAAAGCAGCUGUCGCGCAAGGCGGCUGAGAAUAUCCAGCUGCCGCCCCCCGUCCUCUCCAGCCUGAUCGGCAAGGGAGGUAGCGCUUUGAAGAAGAAGAAGGACGCACAGCCUGCUCCGGCUGAGGCUGGUGGGGAAGAGAAGCGUCAGGAGCCGUCUCCCGAGACCGCUCCCAUCGCUACCCCGUCGUUGCUCCCGAUCUAUACCGUCUCCACGCCAGAGGACUCCUCGCUCUGUCCCAUUUGCCAGGGCGACAUCGUGACUCCAACGGCGUGCCAGACAGGCGUUGUGUACUGUUACACAUGGAUUGAAGGGAUCCAUCCCAUCCAGGAAGAGUUCAUGGAAGACAAGGCUGGAAAAUGGGAGAGUGGCCAGGGGAGAUGCGCUGUUUCCGGCCGGCGGGUACUAGGGGGGACAGAAGGGUUAAGAAGAAUCAUGGUCUAG